CUGUUGUGGUGCUCGCUCUGUCGGUGAUGGAGUUCCCGCUGGGAUCGGGAGGUCCGGACCGGCUCUUAACGGCCCUCGCACGCGUCUUCGGCUUUCAGUCGUUCCGCUCAGAGCGGCAGGAAUCCGCGGUCAGGGCCGUGGUAAGAGGUGAUAAAGAUGUCUUUAUUUGCAUGCCAACAGGAGCAGGGAAGUCUCUGUGUUACCAGUUGCCAGCUGUGAUCGCUGAAGGUGUAACCAUUGUCAUCUCUCCACUGCUAGCACUUAUUCAGGAUCAGAUUGAGCACCUGCACAUCCUGAAGAUACAAGCAUGUUCCCUGAACUCCAAGAACCCCCUUGAGGAGCGGAAGAAGAUCUUAUCUGACCUCUGGUGUGAGAAACCCAGCAUCAAGUUGCUCUACAUCACGCCGGAGAUGGCUGCCUCCAGCACUAUGGGCCCUGUCAUUGACUCCCUGCUGGCCCGGAAGCUCCUAGCAUACCUGGUUGUUGAUGAAGCACAUUGUGUAUCGCAGUGGGGGCAUGACUUCCGCCCUGAUUACCUCAAACUGGGGCUUUUACGCAGCAAGAUAUCCAACGUCCCCUGUAUAGCUCUGACUGCCACAGCCCCUAAGCAAGUGCAAGACGAUGUAGUUGCUUCUCUUCAGCUGAAAGUGCCCAUCGCAAUUUUUAAGACUCCGUGCUUCAGGGCUAAUCUAUUCUACGAUGUUCUCUUCAAAGAGAUUCUGAACCAGCCCUAUGUAAAUCUAAAAGGAUUCUGUGAAAAGGCUUUGGGGAAGAAGAAUUCUUCAGGGAGAUUCAGUGGUUGUGGCAUAGUUUAUUGUCGGACCAGGGACUCGUGUCAAGAGGUAGCAGAGGAGCUGACAAAGAGAGGAGUGGAUGCUAAGGCGUACCAUGCAGGGCUAAAGAACUCAGAACGCACAACAGUACAGCAGGAGUGGAUGGAGGGUAAGGUGCCAGUGAUUGUGGCAACCAUCAGCUUUGGAAUGGGUGUGGACAAGGCAAAUGUUAGGUUUGUUGCCCAUUGGAAUAUUGCAAAGUCAAUGGCUGCUUAUUACCAGGAAUCUGGCCGAGCAGGAAGAGAUGGGAAGCCUUCAUUCUGUCGAGUCUACUACUCCAGGACUGAUCGUGAUAGUAUCAACUUUCUGAUCAAGAAGGAGAUUGCACAGAUGCAGAGCAAGAGAGGAUGUGUAAAAAGCUCAGACAAAUCCUCUAUGGUGGGCUUUGAGGCUCUAGUUUCCUUCUGUGAGCAGCCAGGGUGUCGGCAUGCAGCUAUUGCCAAGUAUUUUGGAGAUGCAAUUCCAAUCUGUAAUCGGGCAUGUGAUCACUGCAAAAAUCCUGAGAUUGUGAUGAAACAGCUGGACUCCCUUCAGAGGCUUGACCUCAGCAAGGCUCAAGCAUCUGCUACAAUGCCAUCGGCUGCAGGACCAUUCGGAUACAUCAGUGACCUGUAUGAAGGGGGCAAAAAGGGCUACGGCUUUGAAAGAUAUGGGAAUGAAGAUGGCAGUGAAUCAGAUGAGGAAAGUGAGCACAGAAAGAAGGAAUGGAAUAAGUUUUAUCAGAAACAGAUGAAGCUGCGUAAGAAUGGGGAGCCUGUAAAGGAUGUCUUUGUACCACCAGACCUUGAUUGUCCCCUCCGUGAUGCAGCCAAUCAAAAAAUACCUAAGCUCUCUGUCAAGGCACGAGAACAUUGUCUCCACAUGUUGGAGGAGGCACUGACCGAGAAUAAAAAGCAGGAAGUCACUAAAGCAGAAUGGGCUGACCCCCACUCAUGCGCCAUUCAGGUAGAACAUGAAGCUUUCAAAACCAGUAAAAUGGCUAAUUUAUAUAAAGCAGUUGUACUCCGAAAGGUUGCAGAAAUUAACAAAUUGACUAAAAAUGGACUGCUGUAUCCAAAACUGACAGAAAUGGACAAUGCAUCAGCAUCAACAGUCAGGACAGCAAAUAGUGAUAAAGACAAUGAAUCAUUUAUUUCUGCAUCAGAGCUGUAUUCUUUUAAGCCAAAGCGUGUUGGAGUAGCAGUUAAAUGUUCAUCCAGCCCAUUCCAGACAGCAGGAGAUCUGCUGAAGAAUUCUGUGCCAGUGGAGAGUGAGCAUAGGAAUUAUGCUAAGUUGGAGGAUCCAAACCACCAUUCAAAAAGAGCAGAGAGAAAAACAGCGCAGGAUUGCACAAAUCCUUCUGUAGACAGCAAUGUGAGGACAUAUCAAACUGCACCUGCUCGUGCCAGUCCCAUCAAGAAGAAAUCCGCUAAAAAACAAUUGCUUGCAGAAAGCGCCAAGAAGGGGUCACAGAAUAUUACUAAAUUUUUUCAGAAAAACAAAUCUGAAGGAACAACAAAGAAUUCACCGAAGAGUCUCAAUGAUGAUCCCAGCUCUCUGGUCAAUGAUGGCCAAGAACAGUAUAGCAGGAAAGGAUUGUCUUCCAUUCUAACCUCUUCUGAAGAACUGGAAUCAUACCCAGAUCCAGAGACUUGGACCCAAAAUAUCAAAGCAAUAGGAAAACAUACACAAUUUUUUCAUCAUGUGGAGGAAAAGACCAGUGAUGGAAUUAGAAAUGUGGGAGAAGAACCUGACAUGAGCAAACAAAUAUUGGAAGUUGCCCAUAAUGCUGGUGAGAAAAGAUCAGCAUCAAAUGAGGGAUCUGGGUUACUCGAUCCCAAACGACAACGAACCAGCACCAAUUUCUCCACUUCAUGUCCUGAGAUUAAGGCCAAUCAAAUCAAGAAGAAAGUGACCUUGGGCUCCAUGUUUCAGGGGAGCACAAAAGUGCUUCUUCCUGCUUCAAAAGCAGGACCACUGAAGCAGACAGCCGAUGUUGUUGUCAAGUGCCUGACUCCUUAUUACAAAGAAGGAAGAUUUGCUUCUAAGGAUUUAUUUAAAGCCUUUGCUCGCUAUCUUUCUCAUUUACUGGCGGAUGAGAGUGCUUCAAAGAAAAACGUGAAUGAAGAGGCUCAGCGAAUGAUCCACUGCUUCUUUAAAAGAUGUAGAAAAUGUGAGAGUGAAAAUGACUGGAGGAGCGUCAAUGCAUUGUAGCCAUUCUGUUAUAUUUGACACUGACAAGAAAUAAUGUGGUUGCUGUUUAUAGUUUGUUUGACAAUUUAAUAUGUUACCUUCAGCAGAACUGCAUCAAUCAGGGCUAAUCUCAGUAAUUAGGAAAAAUUUACCUGUUCUAUGCAAACUCUUUGAAAAAUACACCAGGUCUAUUGAAUGAAAAUAAGUUUAUAUUAUUAUUAUUGUUCUGUUAUAACUGAGAGAAUUGUGAAGAGAUAUACUUUACUAAAAUAAAUCUUUUUUCCAAAUAACUCUUGAAAGGUUCGCUGGAGAAUAUUAGUCUUAACUCGCGCAAGAUCAGAGGGUGGGUUCCAAAUGACUAAGCUAUGAUUUCAUCUAUGAGUGCUACAUGAAACAUGAUUUUUUAUCUAUGUAACAAUAGCAGACUAUGUCUUAGUUUAGCUCUUAGCCAUAGACCAGCACAUCUAGUAUUCUACACUUUCAUUACUGUUUUGAUUACAUGAGUAGUACGAAGUUAUAAAGUUUUUAUAUAGAAAUCACCAGAGAUCUAAUUCACUUCACAAAUCUGUACAAUAUUUUACUCCACUAAUAUGGUGAACUGAGGUCAAGGCUUGGGCCUACUAUUUCAGCUGCUCCAACAAGCAGAUCUAAGGACUCACUCUGGUUUGGAAUGCUGUCAUUUGCUUUUAUUGUUUGUAUGAUGUGUGUGUGUGUGUGUUGUUUGUUUUCCUUUCUCUGUGCAGUGGUUAUGAUUUUUUUUUAAUUGAGUUCUUUGGGUUUGUUGCUGUGUCUGCCUGUAAGCAAACAAAUCUCAAGUUGCAUAAUUUAUACAUUAUUUGAUAAUAAAUGUACUAAUAAUUGAAUAUUUGCUUAGGCCAUCAUCUAAAUUGUGGGGCAUAGUUCUUCCUUUUGGUGAUACUGUUUUAAUGGUCUGUUACCAGUAAUGCUU